AUUCGCUACGUUUUUUCUAUAAUGGAGCAGCGCAAUUAAUCGCAUUGCCGAGUGUAGUAAUUAACUCGGAAAAAUGUCAGCGGUAAAUCAGUUCGGGCCGUCGAAGGUGAGCGAAAAAAAUGGACAAGCUGAUUUUAUGAUGGAGGAGUUGAUCGAAUUGAUCAUAUAUACAUAUAGGGAGAGCGACGAAAUCGGAGAUUUUUCGCCGACGUAACACGGACACAAGCGAUCAAUUAUAACGGCUGUAGGAACUCGAGACUCGUUGCUGCGUGGAUAUCUAGCAUAACACCUGCACCUGUAUAAGCCGGUAUAUGCUACUUAAGUCCGGCUGCUGCAUCAGGCAAAAGACGCAAUUGGAGGAUUCCCCAGGGGCUCGUCGAUCGAGCCUCUCCCGCGAGGGACGGUUUCCCCUGGCGCGUAUGCAAUCCGGCGCUUUUUUGCCCAUACCGAUCUCCGAAGGGCAGUAGCCGAUCGAGCGAACAAAGCUGUGCCGAAAAACAAAAAAUCGCCACUGCUGGGCAUGAUUAGAAAGGAUCGAGAUCGUGAGUAUGUGUGUGGGAGCGUUGCCGGGGAUUUUUUGUACAGAAAUCGGCGCAAUUGCGCGGGGGGAGCGAUAUCCGAGCGUCCGCGAGAGAGAGAGAGAGAGAGAGAGAGAGAGAGAGAGAGAGAAAGACGGGGAGAAAGAAGGUACGUGUACUGAGAGAGCACGUAUACGAGAGCGAGACUUGUAGGUAUAUAAGCUGGGCGUAACGGCUGCAGACUGCAUCAGUUAGAUCUCGACUAGCCCGUCUGAGCAGACUGAAUCAAUCCUUUUAGAUACUUCAACAGCUUCUUAUCAACAUGAAGACCAUCAUCCUAAUUGCCAUCAUCGCCGCUGUGGCUUCGCCCAUCUACGCCGAAGAGGCUCUCGAGCCCAAGAAGCAAGAAAAGAGAGGACUCCUUGGCUUGGGAUACGGCGGUUAUUACUCCGGCCUCGGCGUCCAUGGACUUGGCGGUUAUGGAGGCUACGGACAUCUCGCCUCUCCUUCGCUCGUGUCCCACGGAGUUCAGCCGAGCUACUCCCACGCUUCCUACGGAGGACACCUCGGUGGUUACCACGCGGCUGCUCCGGUCUAUUCCGCACCUCUGCGUCUUGGAGCUUACAGUCAUGGUGUUGGUCUGGGACAUGCCGGUCUCGGUCUGGGACACGGAUACAACGGAUACCUGGGACACAACGUCUGGUAAUCCGGAGCUGAAUCGCCGAGAUGACGGGGAUAUCGCAGUAACGAGAAGACGCUUAUUUGUACUUUUAAUGAUUCGCCUUUUUUUAACAAUUUUCAAAUCCGAGUGCAAUUCGAUUUUUUUUCUCCUUUUAACGAUGAUGAUACGGCUGUACGGAUUAGUUCCUUGAUUUAUUCAGCAAUUCCUGAGAUUGUCGAGUAUUGUACAUUUUUUCUGAAUAAAGAUUCUUUCCUUUCGAAACAA